CGCUCGGCGCUCCAAGGUGCGACAGCAGCCGAAGCGAAAGCAACAGGUGCGCGGAGCCCCGGCAGGUACGGCAGGUACGGCGGGGAGAGGCCGCCUGGAGGUCCGGAGAGCUACUGCUGCAUUUCAAGAUGGAGCCAUCUCCAUUUAAUAGAAGGCAAUGGACUUCCCAUUCUCUGAGGAUCACUGCCAAAGAGCUGUCCCUUGUCAACAAGAACAAGUCCUCUGCUCUUAUGGAGAGGUUUUCAAAAUAUCAGAAGGCAGCAGAAGAAGGAGCUGCGGAGAAAAAAAGAAGUAACACUGAAAACCUCCCUCCACAUUUUAAAAGGGGGACCCUCAGCGUCCUGAAGAAGAAGUGGGAGACUCCGGCCCUGGGGACCGAGCCUCGGAAGGAAACGCUUCAGAGAAGCAACUGUUCAGAGGUUCGGCAGAAAGCUGUCAGCGCCGGUGGCAUUGCAACCAGCUCUGCUUCCCCGGCAGAAAGCGACAAAGCCUCCGGGAUUGGCUCCAGAUCACGUCUCCAUUCCUCUUCCGGAGUGAUUGGCCAGUUCCGAUAUCUGAGUGUUGACAGCGGAGAGGCCAAAGCUCAUUUGCCGGAGAGUGGGAAAAUGGAAAAUUGUCUCCUAGAAUCCAGGCAAGAAGCCGGAAAGCCCGAGGCCAAUGAGAACCCAGAUUCUUCAGGGAAGAUAGAGAAAUGUAGCAUUCCUCUGAGCAGGCUAAAGAUGAUGUUUGAGAGGGGAGAUGCAGCCCAGGCCAAGGUUCUUCGUGAUCAAGGCAGGGCUCCUGGUAAUAGAAGAAUUUCGGAGAAUAGUUUUUCUUCAGAGGACCUUGAUUUCAGCUCUGGAGAAAAAAGCCACAAUGUCUCAGGUCACCUCUUCACCACUUCCCCAACAUCCAGCCCAGAGAAACCAGAGAGCAGGAGAAACCAGGAGAUGCCGCCUCGCUUGUCGGAAACAUCAAUUAAGGACAGGCUUGCUAAGUACCAAGCGGCUGUAUCCAAGCAGGGCAGCUCCGGCAGUCAUGCGAAUGAGAUUGAAGCCAGUGAAAGUGAAGACAGCAAUGAACAGAAGGAGAACUUGCCCCCUUGCUCUGAAGACUUGUUUCCCCAGGAGGAUGGGGAGAAGAUUUCCGUAGGAGAUGGUCUGAAUGCCAGCAACGGUGAAGAUGGCAACAUUGGAUUCAGUUUCCAGAAGGAUGGUGAAGUCUCGAGGUCCGUCUUUGCCAAACAACAAAGUCCUGAUUCUAGAGGAUCCAGCCAGACGGAUAUUUCUCCCCCGAAAGCAGUGAAGAAGUUCCAGUUGCCACCAAAGGAAGCUUGUGUUGCAUGCAAGAAGACUGUAUAUCCCAUGGAGCGCCUGCUUGCCAACCAGCAAGUAUACCACAUCAGCUGUUUCCGCUGUUCUUACUGCAACAGCAAACUCACCCUGGGAACAUAUGCUUCUCUGCACGGCAGCAUUUAUUGCAAGCCUCACUUCAAUCAACUCUUUAAAGCCAAAGGCAAUUAUGAUGAAGGCUUUGGGCAUAAGCCACACAAGGAACUGUGGUCAAGCAAAAUAGAAAAUGAGGAAUCCCAGGAGAAAUCUGCCUAUACUGGAAAUGCCAUGGAAGGCCCCCAAAGUCCAGGAGUGGAGGAUGCGCCAAUUGCAAAGGUUGGAAUCCUCGCAGCAAGCAUGGAGGCAAAGGCUGCCGCUGUGGCUGAGAAAGAGGAGAAGCCUACAGAAACCAAGAAGCUGAAGAUCGCUUGGCCUCCUCCUUCUGAGCAUGGCAACCAAGGGGGGCUCUUGGAAGAGGGUAUUAAAGUGUCAAAGCCAAAAUGGCCCCCGGAAGAUGAGGUCUCCAAGCCAGAUCAUCAAGAAGAAGUGGACCAAGAUCUUAAAAAACUGCGAAGGUCAUCUUCGCUGAAAGAAAGGAGCCGACCGUUUACAGUUGCAGCCUCAUUUAGAACGGUAUCUGUAAAGGGUCACAGAACUGAAGCCUCUCCUCUCAAGGCCGAGAGGAGUGCAAUCUGGCAAAGUGAGGAACAAACAAGGGAAAUGGUGGUGGAAAACAAACCAAUGGGAGGAAUCAAUGCAGCUGAAUAUAGUCAUACUUCAAAUAUAGAUGGGGAGGACAAAGAGCUAUAUGAGAGAAAGGGAGAAGCAAGAGCCGAAGAAGGCCUAGUUGAGAAUGGCCAGAGGAGUCCCGACACUGACGAAGAACAAGAAGAAUUUGUCUCAGGAAAGUCGGCACCUCUCGCUAAAGAAGAGCCAUUUUGUCUGUCUCCCAAACUUUUGGUUUUGAAUUCAACCACCGCGAAAGAAUUGUCUGCUAGUCCGAAUCAUAAAUCCCAAGAUGUAGGGUUUUUUGAAGGUGAAGACCUAGAAGGUUUGACAGUGGAGGAGCAGAUCAAGCGGAACAGAUACUACGGUGAUGAAGAUGACGAAGAAUAAAACCCUUUUUUAAAACUAGGAGACUUACUGCAGGGUGCUGGGCCUUAAUUUGGUGUGUUUAGUGUUUUGUUUUGUUUUUUCCAAAGCGGCUGCCCUCUAUGAAAGUGAUAGUCUGUGCUGCAGGUAAUGCAUAAAUCGGAUUUGUAUUUCCAUAGGAGAGUUUGUUGGGAGCCUGCAAGAAUGUAAAUUGAUUCUGUGAAAAUGGAAAAAUAUGUCUGAUGUUUUUUUUGGGAAUAGGUGCUGCCUUGAUUGAGUCUAUUGUACACUUGGGAUUUUCAUUCCAUACCCUGGUCACUUCAAUGACAUUCUAUUUUCAUCUGCGAUUGGUAGUUCAGUCAUUUUAGCAGGAAGUCCACUGUGCUAAGUUGAAAGAGAGAGGACCCCCCCCCCCUCCCCACAAUUACCAAUGACAUUACUACUGCAGUGCUUAGGGAUCAAUUCCAGAGGGGAAUGGUUACCACUUCGAAAGGCUGCUGCACUUUAAUGUAUGUGUAAAGGCACAAUGAAUACAUGUAUAGUGAAAAUACUAUCUUCUAGCUAGACAUCCAAUCAUGACAGUCAUUUAAAUAUGCAACCAGCAGCAUGGUUGUAGGUGAGGCUGUUUCCUUGACAGUGACCAGGAGGAUAAUCUUUUUUGCACUUUGCUUUUCUUGUGUACACACAACUCUUGUUGUAAGUUGGAACUCAGGUGAGUCUGAGUCUUCUGGCUGGCCAGAACACAAUAUCUUUCAUAAGCCUGGGUAAGAAUAUGGCAUCUUUAUUUCCAAGAGUAAUGCAAAGUGAAGGACUGCAUAGAGGGCAAAGCUUUAUAUGCAAGGUAUAACUACUUUCAUUCCAUGCUUGUCUUCUGGAAUAUUUCCUGCUUGAAACUUCCAUUCUGCUUUUUUGCAUAAUGUCUAAGUUAUGAUAUUCUGUAUGUACCAAACUGCCAGAUUUAAGAGUCAGCACUGCAAAAACACUGCGUGCAAAAAAAAAAAAAACAGCAAGAUAGGCAAAACAGUGGAAAUUUUUAAAAAAUGAUUCUUAGCUUUGUGUUUUUAGUGCUUUCCAACUGCGUGUAUUUUAUAAAUCAGUAUUUUGAGCUCGGUAAAGGGUUUACUUAAUAGUCUUAAUCUUUUUGUAAUGUAUUCACUGAAAUUAGCUCUAACUAUAUUUUAGAGUUGUAAAAUAUUAUACUUCUCAAUCUUGCUAAGUAUGACACAUUUUUAUUCAAUAAAGGCUCUUGUCAUUUUUAUUGUUGAAA